AUGAAUAACGAUGAUAUGACAAGAUGUCAAAGACACGGCAAGAUACUGGAGAUGUUGUGUAUCGAUUGUCAACAACUUGUUUGUUCGAGUUGUGUAGUGAUCGAUCACAAGAAACAUGAGUUGGACUUUGUAGAUGUGAUCAAAGAGUUGAUCACUGAGAAGAAGUGUAAUGAUAUGUUUGAUAAGAGGCUACAAUCAUUGUGGACAUCUGUACAAGAACAUGCAGCAAUAUACAAGUCAUUGAGUGACACUCGUAAACAAAUACAUGACUACUUCAAAGAACUACAUGAGUUCCUCGUCAUUGAGGAGCACAAGUUGAUGUCACCAGUUAACAAGCAAAUAGAUGAGACUCAAUCAUCAAUCAACAACAUCAUCGACGAGAUCAGAGACAUUAGUACUCUCUUCAAUCUCUCAACCAACGCCAGCAUCGACAACGACAAUCAUAACAACGACAUGCAUGUUGAUGAGCACUCUGACAAACCAGAUAACUCAAAUUCAAAGGUAGAGAGCAUUCAAUCAUGUACAACGUUAGAGGAAUUCAUCAACAAGACAUGCCCAGCAACAAUCAGGGACAUGGUAGACGAUCACCAACUCCUCACACUUGUCAAUCAAGGAGUCGAGCGAAUCAAAACUGAUGACUAUGCAGCAACACAACCUGUCAAGGUGACAUUCGAUAACAACCGACUGGUGGAAAUCAAGCAACAACUUCGAUCAACAUACACUUCCACAUACGCGUCUUCAAAGACAUCGGCUGGAUUGGUUGGAAGUGAGAUGAUAUUCACCAUCAGUGGCCAGGGAGACAUGAAGUUGUUUGACCCAAGAUCAGGCACUGUCCAAAGGAUUCCUGUCUUUAAUAACUUGUUUAGCUACAAGAGUUAUGCACUAUACGCCAGAGGUCACCUCUAUCUCUUUGGAAAAUACCAAACUGAUAACAAUGAACAAUUGAUGCGCUACUCCUUUGAAACACAACAAUGGACCAGUCUUGACACACAUAGAAUGCGCUCUGAGGGUAUAUUGGCAUGUUAUGAUGGCAAUAAGUCCAUCUAUGUUCUUGGCAAAGCCUUGCAAAGCAUUUUCGAUCCACACCAGCGCAAUGAAUUAAUACGAAUCGACAUUGAUACACUCAAAGUCACCAAGAUUGGAGAACCUCUCUUCCAAAACGAUUCCUUUCCUAUAUCCUUGCACUACUUCAACACACAGAUCUUUGCUGUCCUUCCUGACAAUGGGCCCAACAACAACACUUGCUUGUGGACGAUAAACCCAUUCAAUGGCUAUGUCAGCCAGUCAUUCUCGAUGGAUCCACGAAUCUCCAACCGACUAUCGUGCCAUGAUGGCAAGGGUAAACUUUACUUCAAGGACACAGCUCGCAUGUUUGAGCUCAGUUUGACAACAGGCACGACCUUGUUCCAACCCGAUUUUUCCCCUGCCAAGUUAGAUACCAUGCUCUACUUUAACAACAACGAUAUUCUGAUCGAUGGCAAAUUCAUCAAAUGCAAUGAAGACAAUCAAUGUGGCUCAUGUUUGGUGGACAUCUCAAAAUAA